CAUUUCUUACAAACCACAUGCCAGGCUUGUGCUGUUGGCUGAAGGCGGGGAGGGAUAAGUAUAAAACCAUAUAACCAUAUGAGCUACAGGUAUUAUCACCUCACUCAAGCAAUGUUUCGAGACUCGCUGGAAGCCUAGUGGUGUUAUAUGGGCUUGAACAUGCGUUUCUACUGGCUGAUGAUUGUCUUAUGUGCCCUGCUAAAGGGCUGCUAUGGAUUUCAGAAUGGUGCCACUGAACUGUCGGAUGGCAUCGUGGCCUCUGCGCUUCAGGAAACUCAGGCCAAUGGGUCUGUAAACCAAGCGCGCGGCGGCGGAAGACGCGCAGAAAACGCAGCGCAAAUAGAGCAAAGCCAGUUGGGCUGCAGAGAGCUGCGCUCUACUAAGUACAUAUCAGAUGGUCAGUGCACCAGUCUGAAGGCAGUGAAGGAGCUGGUGUGUGCCGGUGAGUGUCUGCCUGCUCACCUACUACCCAACUGGAUUGGAGGAGGAUACUGGGCACGGCGGGAUACAUCCGAGUGGAGGUGUGUGAACGAACAUGUGCGUACACAGCGUGUCAAGCUCUGGUGUCGUGAUGGGAGUACACGCACGUACAAGGUCGCUGCUGUGACGUCCUGCACUUGUAAGCGCUACACACGACAACACAACGUGUCAGAGCUGAAGCCUUCCUCUCAGAAGGCCAUCUCGAAGAAAAGGCGUGGAACAAAUGCAAAGGCAUAAAGAGGGGUUUAGAUCAUUCUCAGCUGAAAAGUUCACUGUCACCAUCUUUUAACCUCACAUCACCUUUCUGUACUGUAAAGCCACUGAUUAUCAGGUACAUGACACAUGAUGAUAUAUGGAACUUGUAGUAGGAUCUUUUAAUUCUGUGUGCAUUUUCUGAUAUGAUUGCAGUUGAACAGCAGCUCUCUUUUAAUGACAUAUUUUUAACAUGGUUUUUCAUUUAAUAGAAAUCAUAUUAACAAUUUGGAAGGAGGUUAUUGAACUUUUUUUCUUCUGUAAUAAUGUGAGAAAGCAGAUUAAAGGCAGACCUCAUUUAAACCCCAAGGCAAUGUUAACUUAAUGAAAUGGGAACAUUUUUAAUAAGAGAUAUUAAGCUACACGCGUGAAGAUAUUAAGACUUCAUUCAAAGUCACAAUAUUUUGCAGUUUCUCUGUCCUGUUUAAUGUUUUUCAAAAUAACCUGUAUACCCAUUUAAUAUAACCAUUGUGGGCAAAAUAUUUGUUUGAGUGCAAUAAAUCUGGUACCUUUUUUUUGCCAUGGUUUGUGUCAGUAAUUUUGCACCCAGCAGCCAUAAGUUUGAUGUGCCAAGAGUGGAUAUGAAAAAGACGAAUUAGUCAAAAAGAAACCUUAUGACUCAUUGUUAUGAGGGGAUACCCUCAGCCCAAGGCAUAUCAGCUUCUCUUUGUGGUAACAUGUUACUGAACAGUUGUUUUUAUUGUAUUAUAGGCCCUUUCAUUCCUCAUUUCUAAAAGCAACACUGUUUUGCAAUUAUACAGUACCUUUCGCCCCAGGCCUCUGUUUUGAGGAGUUCAUCAAGAGUUUUCCAUUGACUAUAAACAGCAGUGUAGUGACUUUGGGCACAUAACAUUUUGGGUGGAGAUGAAAUAAGUUUGAAUGAAUAAAAUGUGAGAAUGAAAAUAAAGUCUGGUCUUGCCUAAAGGAUUACAUCACCUGUUUUCCAACACGAACAGCAAACCUAUUUACUAUUUUUUAAUAGAGGUUUAAGGGCAGGGGUUGAAUGCAUUCGAUAAACGUUUACAUGAAUCAUUUUUGCAAAAUGCUCCCAUUAAUUAUUUGUAUGCUUGCAAAGGAAAAUUAAACUCUAAUCAAUUGAUUCUUUCAGAGAUGAGGCUAAUUAGUCAGAGGGAAGAAUUUGUGGUAAAAUGGCACAGGAGGUAGAAUUGCCUCCUCAAAGCUUCCCAGAGCUCAGGUUAUGGACUGUGUGGAGUUUCUCGUUUUCUCCCUGUGUCCAUGUGGGUUUCCUCUGGGUUUUCUGGUUUUCUCCCUGCUCCAAAAACAUUUAGCAGAUGCUCUGAUCCUAAGUGACUUACAUAAUACAACAACUGUGUGUUCAAUGCCUGUUGUAGACUGGAAUACCAUACAGGAUAUGUUCCCAUGUUAUGUGCAGUAUUCCCAGGACAGACUCUACCAUGACCUUGACUGGAAUAAAGUGGUUACUGAACAUGAAUGAAAAGAAUUUGCGGUUACAUGCUGCCAAAGUAGUCAGUGUAGCUCAAAGUAAGAACGUACAUUCAGAUCUGCCUGAUGGCACCUGGAAUUAACUUUUUUGUUCCAGACUUUAAAAGUUAAAUAAACCUACCUAAGAGCAGCUUUGGUUAUACAUUCUUUCAUGACUGUUUUCCUUAUAAGGACUUUAAUGUUAUAAUAUAAUAACUGUAAUUCUGAGCUGUUUGCUUUUUUGCAAAAAGAGUGGUAUAAAGUUCCCCAACAGCAAUGUGAAUAACUGGUGGAGAUCAUGGAGCCAAAAUGCAUGCAAAUCGGGGUUAUUCCACCAAAUACUGAUUUCUUAAGGUUAUUCAGCCAAAGCUUUAACACAAUUUGUUCACAAAUUAUUUGCAUUUUGUUUUAUUUGAGUUAUUAAAGCUCUGCAUGAUCUUGGGUUAUUUUGAUGUGUUGUCAUUUCCUUUAAAUAUACACUCUAAAUAACAAUAGUUAUAUUUUGAUUUUAGGAGAAAUAUUGUCAGCAGUUCACAAAAAAUGAAACAAAACUGUUCAUCUCACCAGU